CCCCAACCCACGCCCGGGUGGGCCAAUCGCUGCUGCGCAUUCCAGGCGCUUUCUCAGGUUUCUGCUGAUCUUGCAGCGCCCAGAAAUGGACCGAGCGGACCCGCCGCCGCACGCACCCUGCCCCACUCGGAGCUCCUAACGGCUCCCGGCGCGCAGCAGAGCCUCGGCGAGAGCCACGCCGGGGUGCGGGAAUCUGAGGGGACCCGAGAGCCAUGUACAUCCAGGCUCUUGCUCGCCCGCCUCCUUCGGGAUCGAUUCAAGGGCUCCCACAGUGUUAGGAGGGGGCGAGAGUGCUGUUUAUCGUCAUUUGCUUCAGAGCUUCGGGAGAGGGUGGCAUUUUGCUUUUCCGCCCCGCAUCCUCCGGAACUCCCUGCACCAGAGAGAGGACAGCGUCUCUAGGUUGCUGGCAACGGGUGAGAAUGGGGGUAGGGGAUGGACAUUUCUGCCGUAGCUGCUCAGUAAAGCGACUGUCCACCUGAGGGCCGUAGGACGAGGGGGCGAGGGCGGCGAGUUUGCCCCGGCGCCUCUCGGAUGCUGCGGCGGCGGCGGCCGCGGCUCCCGGCCGGGUACUGCAAAGGCGACCUGCCGCAUUCCGACUCGGGCUCUCCGCCGACUCAGCACUGCCCCUGCGCCAAGCCUGCCGGCCAGCGUCCAUCGAUCGCCCCGGUGGGAGCUUAGAAGGCGGCAGGCGAAGAGGGGUAGAAGGGGGGAGAGCCGAGGAGAAGCAGAGGGGGUGGCAGGCGAGGGGAUCUGCUGAGCUGGCUCUGCACCCGGUCCUAGGAGGGCUCGCGGAGGGGAGGGGAGGCCAGGGUGACCCCCGAAGCGAUGGCCCGGUCCGCUAGAACGGCACUGCGUUAAGGCACCUCGGAGCAGGAAGAAGUACCAACCCUUCCCCGACCCCACCCCUCUGCAAAAAGCUGCACCCGGGCUACAGGCAAGGGGGAUUCCAAACUCAGUAAAGGCAGGGUGGAGGGGAAGGUAACGAGAAGCGAAGUCACAGAUCUCUGGACCUCCUCGCUUUGAAGCCCCUCCCCCUGAGCGUGGGGGAGACGCGCACUCCGGUGGGGGGGGCGCUCGGGUCCCCCCCACCCCUCCUCUCUCGCUCGUUUCCACCUCGGGCUCUUUCCCGGUCUCUCACCCCUACCCUCCGCUUCCACCAUGACGGUGAUGUCUGGAGAGAACGUGGACGAGGCUUCGGCCGCCCCGGGCCACCCCCAGGAUGGCAUCUACCCGCGGCCGGCCGACCACGACGACCACGAGUGCUGCGAGCGCGUGGUGAUCAACAUCUCCGGGCUGCGCUUCGAGACGCAGCUCAAGACCCUGGCGCAGUUCCCCAACACGCUGCUGGGCAACCCUAAGAAACGCAUGCGCUACUUCGACCCCCUGAGGAACGAGUACUUCUUCGACCGCAACCGGCCCAGUUUCGACGCCAUCCUCUACUACUACCAGUCCGGGGGCCGCCUGCGGAGGCCGGUCAACGUGCCCCUGGACAUGUUCUCCGAGGAGAUCAAGUUUUACGAGCUGGGCGAGGAGGCCAUGGACAAGUUCAGGGAAGACGAGGGCUUCAUCAAGGAGGAGGAGCGCCCUCUGCCCGAGAAGGAGUACCAGCGCCAGGUGUGGCUGCUCUUCGAGUACCCCGAGAGCUCGGGGCCCGCCCGGGUCAUCGCCAUCGUCUCCGUCAUGGUCAUCCUCAUCUCCAUCGUCAUCUUUUGCCUGGAGACUCUACCCGAGCUGAAGGAUGACAAGGACUUCACAGGCACCAUCCAUCGCAUCGACAACACCACGGUUAUCUACAACUCCAACAUCUUCACGGACCCCUUCUUCAUCGUGGAAACCCUGUGCAUCAUUUGGUUCUCCUUCGAGCUGGUGGUGCGCUUCUUCGCCUGCCCCAGCAAGACGGACUUCUUCAAAAACAUCAUGAACUUCAUCGACAUUGUGGCCAUCAUCCCCUAUUUCAUCACCCUAGGCACCGAGAUAGCUGAGCAGGAGGGCAACCAGAAGGGCGAGCAGGCCACUUCGCUGGCCAUCCUCAGGGUCAUCCGGUUGGUAAGGGUUUUUAGAAUCUUCAAACUCUCCCGCCACUCUAAGGGCCUCCAGAUCCUGGGCCAGACCCUCAAAGCUAGUAUGAGAGAGCUAGGGCUGCUCAUCUUUUUCCUCUUCAUCGGGGUCAUACUGUUCUCUAGCGCAGUGUACUUUGCCGAGGCGGAAGAAGCUGAGUCGCACUUCUCCAGUAUCCCCGAUGCUUUCUGGUGGGCGGUGGUGUCCAUGACCACUGUAGGAUACGGUGACAUGUACCCUGUGACAAUUGGAGGCAAGAUCGUGGGCUCCUUGUGUGCCAUCGCUGGUGUGCUGACAAUUGCCCUGCCCGUACCUGUCAUUGUGUCCAAUUUCAACUAUUUCUACCACCGAGAAACUGAGGGGGAAGAGCAGGCUCAGUUGCUCCACGUUAGCUCCCCUAAUUUAGCCUCUGACAGUGACCUCAGUCGGCGCAGUUCCUCUACUGUCAGCAAGUCUGAGUACAUGGAGAUCGAAGAGGAUCUGAAUAAUAGCAUAGCCCAUUACAGACAGGCCAAUAUCAGAACUGCCAAUUGCACCGCAGCUAAUCAAAACUGUGUUAAUAAGAGCAAGCUACUGACUGAUGUUUAAAAAGCCAAGCAAACAAACAAAAAAACCCCACUUAGCAGCUUGAAAGACUGGAAACACAAAACAAAACAAAAACCAUAGUGACCCAUGUCACUCUGUAGAUACUUGAUACGCUCUAUUUAACUGUCAAUGCAUUGUUGCAUUGCGGAUUUUGGGGGUGAUGAACCAGAAGCUUUCAAGAUCCAUGAAAAAAAGAAACUAUUUUCUUUUUAUUAAAAAAAUGGAAAGAGAAAGUGUAUUUUCUAAAGCUGGUUUAAAAAAAUUCAGUCCGUGAGCUAGUCUAGGUAAAAUAAGAUUCAUGUGCUUCCCCAUACUGAAACAUUUUUAAUCCUUGGGCUUCUUUGAUUUUUUUCUUUUAACUAAAAAUCAGAUGAUCACUUAGGAGUAGAAAAGUAAAAUUUGCACGGGACUCCAAUAUAAAAUCUUUACAAACUGCACCGCACAGUUAAGACAGUGCAUCUGAUGUAUUAUCUGUAACAUGACAUACCAGCCAAGAUGGACAAUGAACAAAUGUUUUUAUUUUGAUCAACUGAACUGCAUAUCACAAGGGGAAAAAAUUACUUGAGACUGGUUCACAAAGCACCUUAUGAAUCUGAUACUGGUCCAGAUCUGUAGGGAUUUUCCCUCUGCCCCAUUCCCUUUCUAAUCCAAACUAUUCUCUAAGAAAAAGAGAACUGAGUUAAAUUAAUUGAUUCAUCUGCCCUGCUGCUAAGUUUCUCAACUGCAGAUGAACAAAACACAGGUCUUUUCUCCCCAGUCCUGCACCCUGACCCCUGGCCUCCAGAACUGGAUAUAAAACCUUAGCCUCCUUUUUGCAAGACAGCACAAAUGGCGUUAAAUGUAAGCAUGUUUGAACCUGAUAAUAUUUAUUUUAUAAUCGCAUGCUGAGACCGUUAACUCAGACAAUAGAGGAUAAGCUUACGUUGGAAUUGACUCUUCUAAAAAUAGAUCCUUUUUCAUUUGCAUUCACCAAAAGUGCACUCCUUCAUUUAUUAACUAUUUUAUUAGUGAAUAAAGUACUGUAUUUAAGUGCAUAUGUUAGUCAGACGGGAACAAUAACUUUUUGGAGCUCACAGCAUGUUCUCUUAUUCAGCAUUAUGGCCUAUUUGAUUAAGGUGUACCUUGAAUUAAUUAAUGCAUGAUUUCGGUAAAAAAGAUUUAAAAAUAAUAAAAAUUACAAGUUUGUGGGAUGAAGGGCCCAAAAGAAAUAAUGGGGGUAUGGUGGGGGUCACUAAGUCAAUUUUCCUGCCUUUGCUCAGGGAAAUGUCAGGUUUCUUGCAGGUAUAGGCAGAAAGGACCAAGAUGCCCACUCCUUAAGGGGAAGCUAUGUGGAAAACUAAGUAAGUUAUCAAGGUGUAUAUAGCAACACCUAAGAACAAGUAUUCUUUCUAGCUGAAGAUAAACACAAGCAAAACAAACAAACCAACAAAAAAAGGUGCAAUACUGCAUGUUUUUUGGUGCAUUCUUAAGAUGUAAAUGAAAAUGUUUAUCUAUUGUAUGCAUCCAAAGCAGAGCUGAUUUCUCUUUGCGGUCAUGAUUUGAAGUCUUUAGAGACUUUGGCCCUCCCCUUGAGGCUCCCUGAAGAAACUCAACCAAUUGAUUUAAUAGUUGCUUAGUGCCUUUAUCCUGUACCCACAGUGAACUGUAGAAAGUGCCUCCAUUAACACAGCUGAGAAGUCAUGUUAAGAAAGGGAGGAAGGUUGGGGCACAGAUCUUUUGCUUUUCCCUUCUCCACCCUUGCUGUCUCACUUCACCAUUGUGCGAAGACCACACCAUGCUAAACCCUGAAGAGGAGAGAUCCAGGAAGGUGCUGUCUCUCUGGCCAUCCACUGGACUCGGUCCCUUUGGCGGCCUGACAUGGGAUGUAAACGGGGCCUGAGACCCAUCUUCGAACUGGACAUGAACCGUGAACUUGUUUUUCCUCUUCUCCACCAGAAGCCAAGACAAACUUUUUGGGAAUGUGUUUCCUAUUGAGGAAGGCACUCUGGGCAUGCAAGGCUUCCUCAGAUCCAGUGUAUUGUUCCUUGUAAAGUUCCUUAUCCCUCCUCUGUUAGCAACAGCACUUUGCAAAUCUCUGAUAGUCUGAUGUGGUCAGGCAUCACUGGGGGUAUGGGAACACUCAGUUCAUAAUAACCUUUCCUAGGCCUUCCCUCCUGGCCUGCUCCCUUCAGAUAUUUCCUGUGAUGCUCCUCUGGUCUUCCCACCUGGCAGUCAGUUCACCGGCUGAGCAUCUAACCUGCGCUGCCCCAGGCACCCAGUCCAGAGAACAGUGGGGACCCUGUGCCUAGCUGAAAGAGAGCCAUACAACAUAGGCCUCUGGGGCCCAGCAGCUGGAGAGGCACUCACAGCCUUUUUAAGGACACGGAGGUGGGGAAUCUUCAUUCUGCACUCAGCAUGUGGCUGCCUGCUGCUGACCACCUUACAUUCCUGCCCUGCUUCUUCUGGAAAUCUUCCCUGUUCCUUCCAUCCCUUUCCCAACCCUAUCCUAGAACUAGCAGCGAGGCAAUAAAGAAGCUAGAGUAACACCCAGGCUGGCUGACUCAGUUGAAAGAAAGAACAUGGACAUUUUAUUUUCCUGUGUGGCUUCUGUGAAUCUGUAAGACAAAGAACGUAACAUCAUGGAAGACGAGGGGCCAAGGACUGCACAGCAUCUGACCACAGGGCAUUAAACUUUCCCAUGUGAUGUUUCCUUCUCUUCUGAACCUUGACUCAUCCUGGCUAUUCCUCUCCCACCUGCUUAAAAGUCCCCUGUUGGGAAAAAAUGCCAACCUCCCCUAAAUUUCCGGGGAUAUCUUGAUCUUUUAUUUAGACUUUGAGAUCUAGGACACACAGAACUUGAAACACUGCACUCUGUCAACAGCAAUAAUCCACUCAGUACUGUGGGAUGGAUGGGUCAGAGGAUAAGAAAAUGGGACAAGCCUGAUAAGACUGGCUUUGGCUACCUGGUUUACCUCUUGUGGUUAUACGCUGGACUCGUGAUUCUUCUGCAUGUGUUACAGGAAAAAAGUGCUGCAUGUGGUGAACCUCAGCCUGGGAUUGGAGAUGAGUUGUUGUGAAUUUGGGUGGUAUGGGGAAAGUGAAUGCUGCUUAUCCAUCUGUAGCUCAUUGCAACCAAGUCCGUAGGAACAGAGUACGGGGAUUCUCUGUGUAGCAUAGGCAUGCGGAGUCUGACAAAGCUCUUACCCUUGCACUGUUAUGUGCUGAAAUGUUUUUGUAGACCUGAAGGUGCACUUAAAAAAACUGCCUAGUAAGGAAUGACUUUCUUUUGGUUUACUUACACAGAUUUAUUUUAUCGGGCUUUUUACCUUUUCGUCCCCUUCCUAAGUCUUGAGCUUCAGUGGCUCCUGUCCUGAAUACUUGUUUUCUCUGGAAGGAGAAGACUUCUGCUGUGCUGAUAGCCAUAGUUCAGCUCUUCCAGUGCAUCAGUGCCCUAGUUCCAUAGGGUGACAGUGGAAGGGUUGGGUCACAUCCCAGAAUCUCUGACGUGGUUAACUCACCUCAAGGGAUCUGAAUUAGAGAGACCAAAGACACUAAUUUCCUCUGUCCUCAGAUUUAUAGAAGACAGACUGUAGCCAGGAAAGGUUUUUGUUUUGCAUCUCUUCUUCCCCAUCUGUGCACAGCCCUCCCUCGCUCCCCCUUGAGAGUUGAGUUCUGAUUAUCAGUUAAAACAGCUCACUGGGAGUGUGUUAGUGAGUUAGCCUAGCAAAAUCGAACCAGUAACAAAUUCUUCUCCUGGAAUAUGGCUGAUGGACAGACACUUCUCUAAAAUGAAAUUGUGCAGUCGGUUUAGAUUCCACUGUGGUGGAACCGAAGCACGAGUGACAUCACAGUCUUGACUCACUUGAGAAUUAAAAAAAAACAUGUAAAUGGUAAGUGAGGAAUCGAUUUCUUGAAGUAGAAAUUUGGUUUAGUCCCUAAAGGGCCUUCUUCGUGUUGUGUAGGGUUACAGAUUUUUCAAAAUAGUUAACGUCUGAAGAGUCAGUAAAAAUAGUUUUCUAACCCUCCCAUUUAUUUAAUAAAGGAGACCUCAGAACACAUGCUUUUUAACAAUUUUACAGUUGAAUCCCUUGUUUGGUAUGUUGGAUUGAACAGAAAGGAGAAGGAGAACAUCAGCAGAAGGCAAUUCCCCAUUUUCUUCCAGGAAUGACUUAUUCCUGGGAGUGGUGAGAAUUGGUGGGUGGUAACCAUCCAUAGUAUAAAAUUGUUAUAAAGAAUAUAAACUGCCAAACUGCCAUUUUAUCUUCCCGUUUUUUCAAGAGAAAAUGAAGUCUUUUGAUUUUUAUGUUCAUUUCAAGGGGACGGAUAAACACACGAAAAGUUUUAAACCAGACGCAACCCAAGUUGAAUUACUCUCUCAGGAGGUGGCCUCUCAUCCACCAUGUGGUGUAUUAGGACACAUAUUUAUAUCAUGGAAUUUCAGGGUAUUGUGAACAUGUUCAGCAUGACUCAGGUAAACCUUAGAAGAAUGUAUAUUACUUAUCAUUUUUGUAAAGAAGCGAACAGGAGCUGAGUUAUUAACCAAAACUGUUCCAUUACCUUGGGUCACUGUGCGAACUCAUUCAGGUUAUAAGUAUAAGGUUUAGAAGUCUUGGGAUAAAAUUCCCGUCUCUUUGCUCAGGCAAAAUGACCAUGGGCUUCCUUGGGGAGUCCAGUGUGUGUGUCAGGAGUGAGGCCCUGCCAACCUCAGGACUAUUAGCUUUAAGAUUAGCCCUAGUCACAGUGAUUUUCAUUUAGGGGUUAACUAGGAGUUUACUUUUUAGGACAUGAGACUUCAAAGAGUAUAGAAAAGUUUUGUACCAUAAUCAGAGAAGAAGAAGAAAUGGUGUAAGGAAAGAAAACAAAACAAAACAGAAAAUCCCUUGCAAAAUAUUCCAGGUCAAAAUUCUCCUCUCCAAACCUUACAGAAGCACCUUUCUUCUCUGCAAUUAGGGAACCAUUUAUGCAGCAGCUGUAAGGAGACAGCAUGGACUCUAUAGACAUACCUCUAACAUUCAAGAUAAAGUAUUACCAAGGUUCAACAUAAAAAUUGAGUAGUAUUAAUUUAAAGUGCACCAUCAGGACAACAAACCAUUUAAGCUGAACAAGCACUCUUCCAUUUCUUGAGUUUGCCAGUUGCUUACACCUUGAGUUAAGGGCGUGUCUCAUUUUCACCUACUGUGCGUUUCCCCGGCCCUAGCUGUUUACCAUGUCGGGUAGAGGACAUUGAAUGUCAUGAAUUGAGAACUUAAUUGAAGCGCAUAGUUUUCAUCUAUGCAAUUUUACUUGCUUCUGUCACUUUAUGAUCUGUUCAUAUUUGGCAUCAAUUAAAGAUAAUUUUUAAGGAUCUUA